AUGGUCGUCUACUACACCCUCUUCGGCCAGAAGGUCGGCUCGCACGUGCUCUCGAUCGCGACCCUUUCUACUUUGUUCGUCGGCGGCUGGGCCAUGAGCGGUGGCAGCAAGAAGCAGUCGGCCACGCAGGGCCCACCGAUCAAUGCGUCUAGCAAAGAUGAGGAGAACUUCAUACAAGAAUUCCUGAAGCAAGCGGAGUCAGAGGACAAGGAGAAAGGGAAGCACUGA